UUUGGACAGAGGGGGUAAGAAAUAAGCAGAAGUGCAAAACUUUAGCGCCUCUUUCUCCUUCGGUCCGUUGCAUACAAACCCAAGCUCUAUAGCCAUGGCCAUGUAGCAUAAGACACAGUCUUGAGCUUUCAUUCCAAAGUGGAAGAUGAAAAUAAUUACCAAAAUACCCAAAAUCAAAUCCUUAAAAGAAACCGAAACUAAUUACCUUUUAUGGCCACCAAAAUUUUCUUCACUGCCAUCAUUUUUACAACACUAUAUCAAUUCAGACACUCCUAUUUACGGCCAAAAGAUCCAUUCAUAUAUUAUUAAAACUGGGUAUAAACCCAAUACUAAUAUAUGUAUUAAACUUCUAAUACUUCAUUUAAAAUCAUCUUGUCUUUUUUAUGCGCGCCGAGUGUUCGAUGAAAUGCCUCAACCAACUCUUUCUGCUUAUAAUUACAUGAUUUCUGGUUAUGUAAAACAUGGGUUUGUUUUAGAAUCUUUUAAUAUUGUUAGAAAGCUGUGUUUUUCAGGUGAAAAACCUGAUCGUUUUACGUUAUCGAUGAUCUUGAAAGGGUCUACUAGUAGCAAUGCUGAGCUGUAUUCGCGAUAUAUUGGAAAACAGGUUCAUGCCCGGAUAUUUAAAUGCAUUGAUGAGGGUGAUGACGUGCUUUAUACUGUGUUAAUCGAUUCGUAUGUGAAGACUGGAAGGGUGGAUUAUGCGAGGAGAGUCUUUGAUUUGAUGUUGGAAAGGAAUGUAGUUUGUUCCACGUCGUUGAUAACGGGGUAUAUGAAUCAGGGCUGUAUUGAGGAUGCUGAGGAUGUGUUUUGUAAAACAAUGGAGAAAGAUGUUGUGGUGUUUAAUGCAAUGAUUGAAGGUUAUAGUAAACAGGUUGAAAAUGCUAAGAAGGCGAUUGAGGUUUAUAUUGACAUGCAACGUUUGGGUUUUAGGCCGAAUAUUUCUACUUUUGCAAGUGUUAUUGGAGCUUGUUCUGCUCUAGCAGCAUUUGAAAUUGGUCAACAAUUUCAAGGACAGUUAAUGAAGACUGACUUAAUUGAACAUGUGAAAAUUGGAAGUGCUUUAAUUGACAUGUAUUCAAAGUGUGGAUGGGUUGAGGAUGCAAGAAGAGUCUUUAACCACAUGCCCGAGAAGAAUGUCUUCUCAUGGACUUCGAUGAUUGACGGAUAUGGGAAAAACGGGUACCCUAAUGAGGCACUUGAACUAUUUAGUAUAAUGCAAAUAGAUCAUCUCGUUGUUCCAAACUAUGUUACAUUUCUAAGUGCUCUCUCUGCUUGUGCACAUUCGGGGCUAGUUGCUAAAGGAAGAGAGAUUUUUGAAAGCAUGGAAAGAGAUUACUCUAUGAAGCCAAGGAUGGAGCAUUAUGCUUGCAUGGUUGAUAACUUGGGCCGCUCAGGGAGCUUAAAUCAGGCAUUAGAGUUUGUAAUUAAUAUGACUGAAAGGCCAGAUUCUGAUGUUUGGGCAGCUUUACUCAGUUCUUGUAGACUGCAUGGAGAUGUGGAAUUGGCUAAUUUAGCUGCCAAUGAGCUUUUCAAGCUGAGUAGUAGUAGUCGUCCAGGGGCAUAUGUUGCACUAUCUAAUGCUCUAGCAGAUGCUGGGAGAUGGGACGGUGUGAGUGAACUUAGGGAGAUUAUGAAGAUUAGAGGAGUAUCAAAAGGCACAGGCUUCAGUUGGCAGUGAUGGCAGUUUGAAAGCUUUCUUUGCAGGACAACAAACAUAACUAAGGUAUAUCAAUGUCACUUAACGUCCGAGCUACAAGUAUCUUGCAUGAACUGAUCCUCUUCACAAGAUCUUAUAUACACAUAAAUGAGAUAGCUGGGAAGUCCUAUCAAGAAAAUCGAUCAAUCUCUAUUCUCCUGCCCACCGGUCACCAGGUCUCGCUAUCAGGUCUCUAGCAAUGGAGCUUUCAUCUUCAAUCCCAAUUAACUAGUCACUAUGCCAUCUGUUUCAUGGAGGAAAUUUCUCAUUAGACUCAAGGAACAGGUAACCAUCCCCACACCUAUGAUGUUAACCUUAGCCUUGGAAAUAUGAAUUUGUGCUGGUCUCUUUCUUCUUUAUUAUUAUAGUCCAUAAGAAGGACUACUAUAUCCAACCCCUGAAAAAAGCCGGUGUAUGUAAAGUACCUUUUAAAACCCUUAUUCAUUGUUGAUAGGACCAUUAUCAUUUAUGCCUAGGAGAGAGGGUUAAUCAACAAGCACCUUGUAAAAUUUGCAAGUUGUCAUUGAAUUGAAUAUGCAGGAAUUGGCUCUUCAUUUUUCUUUUUUGUUUUUGUAAACACAAAGUCUACAUCAAUCUGAUCUGAUGGUCAUUAAUGAGUUCUUUUUUCUGAUAA